AUGGUGGCGGCCUUCGCGGCACUAGUGACGCCUCUGCUGUCGACAUUUGCUCCCGCGCCGCGGUCAACUCAGCAGGCACAAUUAGGGACGACUCGCCAUGUCGGCAGCCUCCCGCACGUCGUGCGGCACCCGCCCGCUCGCUCGGCGCUAGAUCCCGCCCUCGUAGAGGCAUCCACUGUGAGCGGUGCUGCCGCGCUGGGCGGCAGCCUGGACCCUGCGCUCGCCGAGGCCUCCGCUGCGAGCGGCGCGGCGACGCUGGGCGGCAUCGGCGGCCUGCUCAGCAAUCCGGCGCUGCUCAGCAAUCCCGCGAUCGCGGCGGCGGGCGUCGGGCUCGUCGUCGUGGCCACCGCGGUGCGCGACUACCUCGAGGCUCCGCUGGGCGCGCCGUACCCGGCGAACGCGAAGGGCUACGACCCGGCCGCGGCGAACCGCUUCUACCGCGCCCGGCUGCCCAAGGCGCUCUCGAUCCGCACCGACCUCAUCCCAGAGGCGUACGCACUCGAGCUGCGCCAGCUGCAGGACGCCGCUCUUCCCGCCAAGGAGAUCCUCGCGAGCGAGCUGGGCCUGCCCGGCGGCGCCGCGGCGCUCGCUUCGACAUUCCCGCUCCCUGCGCUCGCCUCCACUUUCCGCUCCCUGUCGACGGAGCCGCUCGCCGCCGCCUCCAUCGGCCAGGUCUACCGCGGCACGUUGCACGACGGCCGCACCGUGGCGGUCAAGGUCCAGCGGCCCGCCAUCCUCGACGAGAUCGGCCUCGACCUCUACCUGCUCCGGCUGCUCACCCCGCUGCAGACGCGCAUCUCCAACGCCGUCAACAGGCUGCCGACCUACGACGCGGACAUCGCGUCCGCACAGGCCCUCGCCGACGAGUGGGGCGCGACAUGA